GUCCUGGUGUGUUCCUGCCAGAGAAACAUGACGUUUAUCUCAGCGUGUGCAUCUUGGGUCAACACAAGGAGACGGAAUGCCUUCCUCCCGUUUUCCCCCUCUUGUUCCAUGAGAAGAUGUUGUUUGAAAAGGUCUUUGAACAUGCUGUAGAUCCUGCUGCUGUAACUGAAAUACUUGAAACAGGAGAUGGCCUUGCAUUUUAUGAAGAAAAUACUCGAGAUUUUCUGUUCCCAGAGCCUAAGCUGACUCCUGCAUAUCCUGGUGUGGACAGAGAAUUAUUGAUGAAAACAUUUUCUCAUUUCCCAGGAAUAGCACCAAAAAUAGAAUUCUCCACAAGAACAACCAUCACAGAUCUUCCACUUCACUGCAAAGGGAAGAAUUAUGCCCCAAACAGAGCAAGGAAUCAAAGAUCUGCAUCUGCGUCCCCCAAACAAAGGAGCAAGUCAUUAACACAAUGCAAGACAUCGGUGAAAAGGGAUAAGAUCCACAAAAGGCAUAAAAGGUCAUUAAAAUCACAGGCUCCUUCUUCAAAUGUUAGAGACCACUUCCGUGAUCUUCCCACAGAGAACCCACAGCAGCUGUGCAGACCGAGUUUGCGGUCUGCUGAGUGCCAUCCGGACAGUGAGAACAGGCCACCACUGGUAGUCAGACAUCAUCCUGACCAUUCUGGUGUAUUUCUGCUGGACUAUGUAGUAUUCUUAGGUCUGUCUUAUACUGGAGACCCUGAAGCAGGAUGUGGUCUCAUAAAUGCUGAAUAG